CCUUCUCUCACUCCAUUCAGUGGAGUUUAAGCGCGCACGACGGUUCGGGCGUCUUCGUCGGUUUCUAAGUACUCUGUUCAGAACGCUUCCCAAAAUACCCCUAUUUUCCUAAAAUAGCUAUCUUCUCUGUCUACAUAUAUAUGAAGAAGAAAGCUUGGUUUUGAUUUUUCUUUUCUCUUGUUCAUACUCUGCUUGAUUUUUUCUGAUGGAGAACCUGAACUUCUUGAAAAAUAAUUUCGAUGUUCCACCCAAGAAUCGAUCGGAAGAAGUUCUGAGGCGAUGGAGAAAAGCAGUUUCUCUCGUCAAGAAUCCGAAGCGUAGGUUUCGAAACAUCGCCAAUUUGGACAAAAGAUCAGAGGCCAAGGAUCAGCAGAAGAAAAUCAAGGAAACACUGCGACGCAUACGUGUCCUCAUAUAUGUUCAGACAGCUGCACAUACCUUUGUUGAGUCUAUUAAACCAGCGGAAAUCCUGCUUCAAAAAGAGGUUGAAGAGGCUGGUUUCGGGAUAAACCCCAAUACACUUGAAUUUAUUAUUCGGGAACACAAUGUCAACAAAUUGAAUUCAUUGGGCAAGGUCGAAGGGAUAGCAGAGAAGGUCUCUGUUUCACUCAACAAUGGUGUCAGCAAGAAAGACUUGGAGCGCCGACAGAAGAUAUAUGGCUACAACCGAUACACCGAGAAGCCACCUAAAGGUUUCUGGAUGUUUGUAUGGGAGGCACUGCAGGACUUGACUCUGAUAAUUCUUAUGGUUUGUGCUGUGGUCUCUAUAGGUGUUGGUCUCGCCACCGAAGGGUGGCCGAAGGGAAUGUAUGAUGGGCUGGGAAUCUUAGUAAGUAUUUUCUUGGUUGUCAUUGUUACUGCGAUAAGUGACUACAGACAGUCAUUACAAUUCAUAGCCUUGGAUAAGGAGAAAAAGCAGAUUUUUGUUCAGGUGACGAGAGAUGGAUAUAGACAGAAGGUCUCUAUAUAUGAUUUGGUUGUUGGAGAUGUUGUCCAUCUCUCGAUCGGGGACCAAGUUCCUGCUGAUGGGGUUUUUAUAUCCGGUUACAGCUUGCUGAUUGACGAGUCGAGCUUGUCUGGCGAGAGCGAGCCUGUGAAUGUAGAUCACAAUAAACCAUUUCUUAUGUCUGGCACUAAGGUGCAAGAUGGGUCAGGUAAGAUGCUGGUCACAACCGUUGGUAUGAGGACUGAAUGGGGGAGGUUGAUGGAGACUUUGAGUCAGGGGGGAGAAGAUGAAACGCCGUUGCAGGUGAAGCUCAAUGGUGUUGCUACCAUUAUUGGCAAGAUUGGUUUGUUAUUUGCUGUGCUAACAUUUCUGGUUUUGGUAGGGAGGUUUCUUGUGGUAAAGUUAAUUAAGGGGGAGUUCUUGAAAUGGUCUUCAAGUGAUCCAUUGAAGCUACUGGAUUAUUUUGCGGUUGCUGUGACUAUAAUUGUCGUUGCAGUUCCAGAAGGGCUGCCUCUGGCCGUGACUCUGAGUCUUGCCUUUGCAAUGAAAAAGUUAAUGAAUGAUAAGGCGCUUGUCAGGCAUCUUUCGGCAUGUGAGACAAUGGGAUCUGCUAGCUGCAUCUGCACAGAUAAAACGGGGACAUUGACAACUAACCAUAUGGUGGUCAAUAAGGUGUGGCUCUGUGAAGAAGCCAAAGUGAUCAAAAGCAAUGAGAGUGGGGAUCUUUUGAAGUCUUCAAUUCCUGGAAGGGUUUUGGAUGUCCUUCUGCAGUGUAUAUUUAGAAACACUAGUUCUGAGAUGGGGAAAGAUGAAGAUGGUAAAAAUAAGAUAUUAGGUACUCCAACGGAAGUGGCAAUAGUAGAGUUUGGCUUGCAUUUGGGAGGAGAUUUUGAUGCCCAGCACCAGGCUUCUACAAUUGUGAAGGUUGAGCCUUUCAAUUCAGAUAGGAAGAAGAUGUCCGUGCUCAUGUCUCUACCAGGAGGAGGGUUCCGAGCAUUCACGAAAGGUGCAUCAGAAAUCAUUGUGCAGAUGUGCAACAAGAUUGUUGACAGAGAUGGCCAAUCCGUGCCUUUGUCAGGAACACGGACAAAGGUUGUCAUGGAUGCCAUAAACGGUUUUGCCUGUGAAGCUCUAAGAACCAUUGGCUUGGCAUUCAAGGAUAUGGAUGAGGAUUUUGACGGCAAUAGCAUACCUUCGGAGGGUUAUACGUUGAUUGCUGUUGUUGGGAUUAAGGAUCCGGUGCGUCCUGGAGUCAGGGAGGCAGUUCAAUCAUGUAUAGCUGCUGGUAUUACUGUGCGAAUGGUCACUGGUGACAAUAUCAAUACGGCUAAAGCCAUAGCUAAAGAAUGUGGCAUAUUAACAGAGGGUGAUGUGGCCAUUGAAGGUUCCGAUUUCCGUUGUAAGAGUCCCCAGGAGAUGGACGAGUUGAUACCCAAAAUUCGGGUAAUGGCCAGAUCCAUGCCUUUGGACAAACAUACCUUGGUAAAACACUUGAGGACUAUGUCUGAAGUUGUCGCAGUUACUGGUGAUGGGACUAAUGAUGCCCCUGCUCUACAUGAGGCAGAUAUUGGACUUGCUAUGGGCAUAGCAGGAACUGAGGUUGCGAAAGAGAAUUCUGAUGUAAUCAUCAUGGAUGACAACUUCACAACUAUUGUGAACGUAGCCAAAUGGGGCCGUGCAGUUUACAUAAACAUCCAAAAAUUUGUGCAGUUCCAAUUGACUGUUAAUGUGGUUGCUUUGAUAGUCAAUUUCGUAUCCGCAUGCAUCACUGGAACGGCUCCUCUCACUGCUGUCCAGUUGCUGUGGGUGAACAUGAUUAUGGACACCCUCGGCGCUUUGGCGCUGGCCACUGAACCCCCAAGUGGUGAGCUGAUAAAACGGCCACCGAUUGGGCGAAGCGUGAAUUUCAUCACACCGACUAUGUGGAGGAAUAUCAUUGGUCAGAGCAUUUACCAGCUAGUUGUGAUCGGGGUUCUCAUGUUUGAUGGCAAACAACUCCUGAAACUCACUGGUUCAGAUGCCAGCAGUAUUCUGAACACAGUCAUAUUCAACUCAUUUGUCUUUUGCCAGGUAUUCAACGAAAUCAACAGCCGUGAUAUUGAGAAGAUUAACGUCUUCCGCGGCCUCUUUAGCAGCUGGGUCUUCAUAGGCGUCAUGGUUGCCACAGUGGUAUUCCAAGUAAUUAUAAUUGAGUUUCUGGGCACUUUUGCAAGCACCGUGCCGCUGAGCUGGCAAUUAUGGCUAAUCAGCAUCCUGAUCGGAUCCGUAAGCAUGAUCGUCUCAAUUGGCUUAAAGUGCAUUCCGGUCGAGUCAAUUAAACAAACGUAUGCUGAAAACCACCAUGAUUACCAGCCACUCCCAAGCGGCCCGGAAUUGGCAUGAGAAGUGGUGGGACCCUAGGCUCCUUUCAUUAACAACAGAUUUUCUUUUUCUUCUUUUGGUCAGGUGGAUCCGUCUAAUGGAAUUUUGGAAUGGAAAAUGUAUGUUUCAGAUUAUGGGUUGCAAAGAGCGCGACACCAUUAAUUUUUUGUGGCUAUACACUAUCUGAUAUUGGUAUAACUUUUUUUUUUCCAAGUUAUUUUUCUUAGUGCUAAAAAAUGUUUCAAAUAAAUUACUGGUAACUGAGAUUUGUUGGAAGCUUGAA